AUGUUGCAAGAACUGCCCGUCGAGGUCAUCCAGCAGAUCACCGGAUGCUUACCCACGGCGACGUCGAUAGUCAACCUUGGCCUGACCAACCGCAAGCUCCAUGAAAUCGUCUCGGCCGACGACUAUGCUGUUUUCAGGGGGUUUGUGCGAGGGACAUUCCCAUCGAUCAGGACGCCUCCGCUGUGGAGAGAUGCCGCUCGUGUCUUGACAUCGCGGUCUCGGGCCUGGGACCGUCGAGCAUUCAUUGGGCGACAAUGCCAUCCACCACCGGACGCAGUUGUCCUCCCGCAGGGCCAAAGAGCACGCAUCGUAUCUGGCUACCAACCAGUCAUUGACAGCUACGAAGACUGGCAAGGAGGCCCUUGGUCUAGUCGCAAGGAAGUUUUGGCCUGGGGAGCAGGCGGGAGAUUGAGAACGCGUACCAGCACGGACGGAGGAAUCACUUGGAGCUCUUUGCGGACACAGGAUGACCACAGGCAGGACCUUGACAUUCUUGAUGUCCAUCUCCUACGGCCGCACCAACACGACAACACCGAUGGCGAGACGAUCAUCCUGAUGAGGCCUGACAAGGAGGUGGUCAAAGUCGAGACGACAUCCACGCCCGAUGUAUUUAAUCAAAAGUCGACAUAUAUCAUACCAGCGAAUGAUAUAUCGUGUAUGGACGCUACCAAGGGCAUCCAACCAAUCCUCUCGUUAGUCGGCGGGUCUUCCAUUCGCCUAUAUCCAGUGCAUGGCGCGGAACGGAAUAUUCUACCAAUAGACACGGUACCCCUCCAAGAGAAAGACAAACGCCCGCGGUUUGCCAAGUUCUUAUCAGACGACACAUUAGCAGUCGGAAUGCAAUCGCUUCGUGGACAAGGCCGAGACCCGAUUCAGAUUUACAAUGUCAGUCCGACCGGGAUAUCAGUCAGGCCCGUUGCAGAGACAUUGCCCUUUUCCGAAUCCGCGGCUCCCAUCAUAGGGAGACACGGCGCCAAUGUGGUGGCGCCCUUGGACGACUUUGGCACGAGUACACGCCGUCCCGGCCAGAUGUUUCUGUCUGGCUGGACUGAUGGCGUGGUCUGGCUUCAUGACACACGCACCCCGAGGCCGGUGGCUGAGUACAUAGACAGUGUGGACGACGGUCAGAUUCUCUCGCUUUUGCCGAUCGGCCACGAACGCUUCCUCGCAGGAAGUUCUCAGAACGGUUGUCUGAAGACGUAUGACCUCCGCAUGACAGGAGGGCGAGUGUAUUCGUACCUCGAAGCCCGAGCCCGAGCCCGUUCUCCCAGUGCCGACGCUCCUACUUCCCUUGAAACGGGCUCUUCCAGCCCCACAAACAAUCAAUUCAACCACGCAACCUCUCCAUCUCCGUCUCCAUCUCCGUCUCCGCGCGACUUCAACAUCUUCCUCACUCCUGCCAUCAACUACGCCGAACAGCCAUGGGAGCCUCUUUCCCACCGGCGCCUGCGGCAGGACAACCGUUACCGCGGUUCCAUCUACUCGCUCUCCAGCCCGUCACCCAUGUCCCCGACCGUGUAUGCCGGGAUCAAGAAUCAUGUCAUGCAGCUCGACUUUGUGUGCACAGACGACUACCGAAGCGACGUACCGGGACUGGUUGAUCCGGUCUUGGGUCUAGACGAUCCGUCGAAUCGCGUCUUCGACUUCUCGUGCUACGAGCGGCCGCGGGAAGGACGGGAAAGUACGGAUCCGGUCUUGUUAAGGAAACAGAAACAGAUGAAUCUGACCGAGGAAAGGAGGAAUAGUAAUAGUGCCCGCAAAAUCGGUCGUGGAGGGCACAGCGUCAGAUCCGCACGUGUAGCUGCUGAUGACGACGGAUGGGAUGAGCGGUGGCAAUUAGAGACCCAUGAUGGCGUCCGUGAGGGGAUAAACUGGGGCCCGUAG